GCCAGCAACGAUUCCAACGAAACCCUACCGCCCCUACUCGAAGCCCAAGCCAGGUGCUGCUAACAACUCCGGACAUCUCUCCCCCUGACUGCUGUAAGCAGCCGUUCACCCCCGCCCAUCGGCAGCCACAGCUCCUGCAACAGCCGAGCCCACCGACAAAAAACCCAACUACGAUACGAUCAUGCCUUCAAAGAAAGAGCUCCAGAUUGCAUGCAGGGCUGCUGGCAUUCAGCAACUUGGAACAGUUGCAGAGCUCACUGAGCGCCUCCGUACCUAUCGCAACCAUGAGCCAAGUUCGUCACCUGCUACGGAGGAUUCAAGGUAUGACGCCAUACUGGGUACCCAGUCCGUGGUGGGUAUCGAGGAAGAGAUGAAGGUAACAGCUGAAGCUGCAUUGGGGAAGGAGCUCAAAAAGAGUGAACUGGAUAUUUCGACGGCCGGGAGAGAAACAUAUGUUAGCAAUCCCCGUGGUCGCGGACUUGCAGGGCUGCCUGAGCGGAUUAGAAUCCUUCAAGAGAGAGAUGUUUUAAGCGACCAAAUGAUCGCGUUGCAGGAUGGCAAGCUCGCUUCUCAGGACCGUGAGAUUGCUGAGCUUAAGGACAAUGUCGCGGAGCUGGAGCGCAGUGUCGUGACCUUGACACUCGCCGGGCAGGAUUAUAGACUUCUACGGGAGAGAUUCAUCAGUACUUUUGUCCACGACAAACUCGAGAAUGCCACCCAGUCCGAUCUUGAGACCAUUAAGGAGGUCAAUAUCACGGUACAUGGGGGGGACGCGGCCGUUGAUGCCCUGCUGUAUGAUGGAAUAGGCGGGAGACAAGAUACUUACACAUUCGAAGAGCUAUACGGAAUGCACCCAUCGGACGUGAGAAAUAUCUGUAAGUAACCUUCCCUAUCUUAUCUCUCUCCAAUCAAAACUCGUGAAAUCCACUAUUAGGUUAUUAGCGGAAAUUACGCUGCCAUCCGAGGAUGGCUUAGUUUAAUCGGUUAACCGGAUUCCAAUUUGCAAUUAACAAGAGCAAACCCGCCUCGUAGCCUCAGGUUAUAUACCCUGUCAGAAGAAGGGCUUACUGUUGACUGAAGAGAGUAGCUUCAAUUACCGGGACCCUGGACUGGCAGAAAUAGUGGAUUUCACGAGUUUUCAUGGAACAUAAAUAUGAAUGCUAACUUAUCCAGCCCACCAAGAAACAAUCGAUAUCUUGAACUUGCAUGCGACUGUGAAAGCAAACAAGGACGGGACUGGAACUGAGGACUUCUACCAGAAAUUCGGGCAGUUUGUGACCGAAUUUAAAAGGUCAAACUUCAAGGUGACGUACUUGAGCGAGGACCACACAGAUAGAACACAGAUGGCAUACUUGGCAGUACGCCAGUGCCCAACAUAUACCCCUAGCACGGAAGCGUAUGUUAUAACAAAAGGCAUUCCACUCCCGAGAUCAUGCUAAUACUAUGAGCUGGAGACAGGUCGGUUUCUGGUUCUUGCUAGUUUUGUGAGGCGCUGAGGACAGGUUAUUGGGCCAGACACCCAAGAGGAGAAUAAUGUUACUAGGAUGAAUGAAUUGGUUGCUUACCGGUUUCUGGUAACUGUGUACAACAUGCGGUUUAUGUAAAACAACCUGUUUGCUCUCUGCUUGUGGGAGAUAUUCUCCCGGUACUCCUUUGAAAACUG